GACCCGCGCGCAAGCAAGCGGAGAAGGGUGUCUAAUGUGCAGACCGUGGAUGGAGACGGGGAUAUCGAGAUGCACGAAGAUACGCCCAGUGCCCCUACGAAUCAGACCUCACCUUCCGCCGAACAAACCACCCAGGCAGUAAGCGACACGGAGGUACAGCCCGUCGACGAGCAACCGAUUUCACCAGUCUCCGCGCGAUCGAAACGGCGCCGGUCCUCCAACGGUACCUCCGCGGCGGAGGACAACAGCAAGAAAGUCGAAAACACAAAUGCGACGGAGACACCAUCCAGAGUUGGCGUGCGGUCAAGCGGUCGGCAACGGAAAGUGCCUCAGCGAUACGGAGAUGAAAUCGUGGAUACCCCGUCUAGCAAGCGCGCAGCGACCUCGGCGCCGGCGCAGAAUGGGUCGGCGACCAGAAGCGCACGGAAAGUGAAAUAUGUGUCGCCGUCGGAAGAUGAUGGUGAGGAGGAGGUGGAGGAGGAAGAGGAUGCUACAGAAUCCCCGGAGCCGCAGCCGCGGCGAACCCGAUCCACCAGAGCGAAGAAGCCUUCCGUGCGGUUCGAGACUCGAGUCCCGGACGCGAAAAGCGCUUCGACGAAUGCUAGAGAGGAGUCCCGAGAGUCCUCGAACCCAGAUGACUAUCAGGAUGGUCUGGAGGAUCUGGUUUCCAUGCAAUUGCAGCACGACCUUACCAGCAAUGAGCUGAGUGGUGGUGAGCAGGCGGCUGCGAAGGAGGGGCCGCUUCCUGAGUAUGCUGAACGGUUCCAGACUAUUAUCCAGACGGGCUUGACGGAAGAACUGCGGCUCCUCACACAGAUUGUUCUUGAAAAGCUGAACGGGAAGAAGAGGGUGCCUCUCAAGGGGCUGGAAACCGAAUUCGACAAGGUCAACCAGCUUGUCGAGCAGACGGUCUCAAUCGGCGAGAGUAACUCCAUGCUUCUCCUUGGAUCCCGCGGAAGCGGGAAAACAGCCAUCCUUGAUACUAUUAUCGCGUCAUUACAAAAAUCGCAUAAGAACGACUUCCACGUCGUCCGACUCAAUGGCUUCCUGCACACGGACGACAGACUGGCUCUUCGAGAAAUGUGGCGUCAGCUCGGCCGCGAGACCAACACUGAAGAUGAAGCCGGCAAGGUCAGCAGCUAUGCCGAUACAAUGGCUACGUUGCUGGCUCUUCUAUCCCAUCACGAGGAGCUCUUUGGGCCCUCCUCAGACCCCGAGAAAGAAACAGCUGCAAAAUCAAUCGUCAUCAUCUUGGACGAGUUCGACCUGUUUGUCACACACCCACGUCAGACGCUCUUAUAUAAUCUGUUUGAUAUCGCACAGGCGCGCAAAGCCCCGAUCGCGGUGCUGGGCCUCACAACCAAGGUGGAGGUAACAGAGAUGCUGGAGAAACGUGUAAAGAGUCGCUUCAGUCAUCGCUACGUCUACGUACCCCUUCCGCGCAGCCUGGAGGUAUUCUCCGACAUCUGCUUCGCGGGGCUCAACCUCGACGACGACGAGAUUUCGGACCUGUUGGAAGACGCCGACCCGGCAGAGCAAACCGUCCUCAAUUCAGAGGGUUGGAGCAGACUCCUCGAGGCAUGGCGGACAUAUCUACAGAACCUAUGGACAGACGAGGCAUUCUCAGCGCACCUCCGGCGGAUCUACUACCAAACGAAAUCAGUGAAAGAGUUCUUCACCAGCGCUCUAAUGGCCAUCAGCGAGCUGCACCACAGCACCUACACCAUGAGCGACACAACCACGACCACCACGACACCACCAACCUCGCUCGCGAUCCCCACAGCAACAACCUUCACCAACCAACCGCUCUCCUGCCCGGACCCAGCGCCCCUACCCUUCGCCCCGACGGUGACCGCAUCCGCCAGCCCGUCCUCCCUGCCACUCUCCCUCCUCCUAGCCGCGACCCGGCUCGCAGCCCUCUACGACCCAGGCCUGGAGAACAACAUGAUCGGGCCGCUGGCGCUCUCGUUCCCGGCCGCGUACGCGGAAUACGUGCGGCUGCUCACCUCGGCCAAAACCUCGGCGGCGGUCUCGGGCGCGGCCGUCACCCCCGGCCGGGUGUGGGGCCGCGAUGUCGCCCGCGAGGCCUGGGAGAAACUGGUCAGCUGGGGGCUCAUCAGCCCCGUCGGCGGCGGCAGUGGCACAACGACGGACGCUCGGAUGUUCCGCGUGGAGAUCAGCUUCGAUGAGGUGGUCGAAAUGGCCGGGUCCGGCGGCUCGUUGGGUCGCUGGUGGCGCGAUGCCUAGGAGACAGAAGCGAGAAGUUCCACUUCCCAUCUCCUGUGUUCCCUUCUCUCCUUCAUUCCUUACCUAUCUAGCACAAGGAGAUUACAGGGAGGGAAAGGUGGGGGUGUAGGAAGCGAAAGCCAAAUGGAGGGGGGUGCUGCGGCGGCGCAAGGCUGAUGGUCUGGCUAGUUCUAGCUAUGUACAUACAUACUUACAUACACACCGUACGGUUCAUCUCCCUUGUCAGCUAGCCAGCCAGCCAGGUAGACUGGGCUGGGGCUAAGCAAGUCAGCUAGCUAGUCAGCCUUCUUUCAGACCAG